AUGGAGCGACUCCGCUCGGCGGCAAGCGGAGCCGCCGGCCGGGUGGGAAGGCGGCGGCGUGAGCUGGAAGCCGGGGAAAACUUGUUCCUCGGCGGCUUCCCCCGCGCUGCCUCGGGGCCGGGGCCGCCGGGGCGAGCCACGUGUCGGCGGCGGGGGACGCGGGCGAGCGGAGCCGCGCCGCCCCGCCGCUGCCCUCUCCCUUUCCUCCCCUGCCGCAGGUCUCGCUGCGGGAAAGCGGAAAGGAGCCAGCCCCGGAGGGGAAGCGCCAGCCCCGGGAGAAGGGGCUGCCCGGAGCGGGCAAGCGCCCCGGCGGGAGCCGCCCCGCGCCUCGCCGCCCAGAGCCGAAGGCGCCCGGAGGGGAAAGUUGUGUGCGGGGCCGGGCCGGGCGCGAUGCCGGGGCGCGGCGCGCUCUGCCUGGGGCUGCUGCUGCACGUCCUGCUGGGCUGCCGCUCGGCGCAGCAGCCCGACAGCUGCCUGUCCCUCUGCGAGUGCUCGGAGCCGGCCAAGACGGUGAAGUGCGUGAACAGGAACCUGACGGCGGUGCCGCCCGACCUGCCCUCCUACGUGCGCAACCUCUUCAUCACCGGCAACCGCCUGGCCCGCCUGCCGGCCGGCGCCUUCCCCGCCCAGCGCCUGCCCGACCUCAGCGCCCUCAACCUCAGCGGCAACCACCUGCGGGCCGUGGAGGCCGGUGCCCUCGCCGCCCUGCCCGCCCUGCGGCAGCUGGACCUCAGCGGCAACCCUCUGGUCUCCCUCAGCCCUCAGGCGUUCGGGGAGGGCGGCAGCCCGCUGGAGGAGCUGGCCCUCCGCGGGGCCCUGCGUGACCACAGCGUCCUCCUCAGCCUGGCCACCAUGCUGCAGUCCGGGGCCCUGCGCAACCUCAGCCGCCUGGAGCUGGCUGACAACGGGCUGCUGCUGGUGCCCGCCAGCAUGUUCACGGCCCUGCUUGCCCUGCGGCAACUGGACCUCAGCAACAGCUCCCUGGUGGGCCUGCGAAACGUCUCCUUCCAGGGGCUGGGCGGGCUGCAGAGUCUCAACCUCAGCGACAACUCCCUGGGCGUCCUGAGGAACGGCACCCUGGCCCAGUUCCGCAGCCUGCCUGCCCUCCGGCGCGUCGGCCUGGGCCGCAACGCCUGGGUCUGCGACUGUGCUGUCGAGGACCUGGUGGCCUGGCUCAAGGAGAGCGACCAGGUGGAGGGCAAAGAAGCCCUGACCUGCGCCUACCCUGACAAGAUGCUGGGCAAAGCCCUGCUGAAGAUCAACGGCUCGGACCUGAACUGCUCCGUGCCCGUAGACCUGCCUUCCCAGUUACAGACUUCGUACGUCUUCCUGGGGAUAGUCUUGGCUCUCAUCGGGGCCAUUUUCCUCCUGGUUUUGUACUUGAACCGAAAAGGAAUCAAAAAGUGGAUGCACAACAUCAGAGAUGCCUGUAGGGAUCACAUGGAGGGUUACCACUACAGAUACGAGAUCAAUGCAGACCCCAGGUUAACAAACCUCAGCUCCAAUUCGGAUGUCUGACGAAGCGCCACGGACAUGGGGCAGCACGCAGUAGCUAUGCAUGAAAAGUAGACUUACGCUUCACCCUUGUGCUUGCUUCCCUCUCCCCAGAGAAGUCUCAGACGUGCUCGUAACUUGAGGGGGAUAUGCCUCCCUGUGAUGUCAAGUUCAUUUUUGUUUUGAGAUGCUGGGCAGCUGCGCAUGGCGUUGGGCUGUAUGUAGGAAACAAGCUGCUACUUCUUUUCCUCCUUACUUGUCUGUACUUGUGGGAAAUUUUUUUCAAGAUCUCAAAAGGAAAAAAAGGAUUCUCUCUGAUGCUCUGAAGCCACCAGAGUUUAUAAAAAAUUUACCGACGCAGACACCAUUCAACAAAAGCUGCCUCAACUUUUUGGGAAAAAAUACUAUGUUGCU